AUGUGAACUUUUAUCUUUACUGCAUCACUCCUCCUGCUUGCACGAUCCUGUUCAAGUUUAUUACACUCAAUCCAGUGCAUAAAUUACCUUUACUUUUUUGUUUUUUGGGCAUUAUCGUCUUAGCAAAGGCAUAUUUUUAUUUUCUGAUGGCGAUACGUUCUAUCUGCAGAUGAGUUUGGGCACUUUUUUCCCCUCAGAGCACUUUUGAGUCGGCCAUUUAGUGCGCUGUCCCUUUAAGAGAAGACGAGGUCACAGCGCGCUGACCUCCCACCAGCACAGUUUAAAAAACGCUCAUGCUAAACCUCCAGGAAUAUUCCAUCCGAGUCUCCACGAUGAGGCGCACGACUUACUUCACGUUCCUCGGCGCCACGCUGGUUUCACUCCUUGUCUGCUCGGUCGUGUCGGACUGCCGGGACGCGGCGCACACGUGUUGCGCUGGCCGGAACGCGUCGUGUGUCAGCAAGGGAUGGAGGUCAGAUCGCUCCUUUGGUACCUGCUAUUGUGACCAAGCCUGCGUGGGCACCGUGGACUGCUGCCAUGACUACCACACCGCAUGUCCGGCUGUGUCCUGCGUGGUGAGUGAGUGGAGCGAGUGGUCCGGCUGUUUGGAGCCCUGCAGGGCCACCGUCCGCAGACGGACCAGGACCGUCCUGCAGGAUCGAGUCAAUGCUGGCAAACCCUGCCCCCAUCUGGAGGAGCACGCCGGCUGUGCACGCUACUGGACCCAGCAGGGACACUGUCUCAGCGCGCUGGUGCCGGCUCUGAUUACCACGGGUGGCUAUGGCAACGCCAGGAAGAAGCGACACAUCCCGGACAGCAACGACACUAUUGGGUAUUGUGUCCAGUUUGAGCUGAGCUCCAUGACCAAAGGAUGCCAGCACAACGGGGGCCCGCACACCCGCUGGAUGCGACACCUGAGGGGGGGUCUCCACGUGUGCGUGGAGUGCCAGCCGCCUGCUCUGGCUGCCGGACACCGGUACUGUGCGGGCGACGGCAGGACCGACAGUGAGGAGGACGGGAGGCAGCCUCUCCACUGGCAGGCAGUGGGGAACCCCCAAUGCAGAGGCGCAUGGAGGCCUGUCAGGAGGCUGGAGGCCUGCUCCUGCCCCACUGACCUUACCUUCCUCUUCAUAUGACCUCCUCCUCAUCAUCCUCACUCUGCAAGUAUUCAUCUACUCAAGACGGCAAUGAAAGUCAGACAUUCUUCAUGAAAAUGUAAAGUGAUCUGCUUUAUUUGAUUCGGAGUCAUCCGAGGGAGGGGAACGCUCGCUUUUCCUGAAAGAAAUAGAAACAUCUCGGGACAUUGACAUUGUUGUUUUUCUUUUUUCUUUUUUUUCUUUUUUCUUCCUCACAAGACAAGAAGGACAUGGCUGCGUGUGCGCCACAAGCAGCCACGGCGGCAAAGUUACGACAUGCACCGAACAAUAGAACAUGAAUACACAAACGACAGCAUAGAAAGUCAACAGGUAGAAAUGUGUUGCUUUUUUUUGUUAUGUUGUUUUUUUCGUACAAAACAGAAAAGCUCGGGACCUACAAACAACGUUGUAUAAGAGAUUUUGUCAAUCUUUUUGUUCUUUUCCCUGGAAAGAGUGUGUACUUUACAAAGACCGAUGGCUUAGGCAAGGUCGGGGUCAAUUCCACUGAGAGCUUUCAAUUGUAGAAAAAUAGAGAUUAUAUGUUUGGAGUAUUUCUUCUCCUUUCUCCAGUCAACGCGUGCUUUUUUUUCCUUGUCGCUUCUCCUGCACACCGACGCCCCCGAAUGGACCCCAGCCCUGUAACACAGCGCUAGAGGGGCUGGAAUCCUUUCUAAUGACAGCAAGGCUGCGGUCACACUUGUGGUCCGGGUGAAAUUGUGAAAAUGUGAAAAUGUGCGCUUGGCUUAGCGUUCAUGCUGGCAUUUUAAUCAUGUGACCAAAAGCUGCACAGUAAAAAAAAACAUGUUCAUAAAGAAAGGACUUGAUAGGACAGCUUUCUUCUGGUACAAUUAUAACUUUUUGUUACUUUUUAAAACUACUUUUCAACUACUUUUAAACUACUAAAACUAAAAAGUAAAACUAACUUUUGCCUUUAUUCUUGUCAAAUUGAAAUAAAAAAAAAAGUCAGCCUGACUUUUGCUGUUAUUUUAAAGCCCGUGUCCGUGUUCACGUUUGACCUCAAAAUUAUGGCUUUAUUUUUGUACAAUUAUGACUUUGUUACUUUUUUAAAUUAUUUUUUAAAACUUUUCUUGUGAAAUUAAGAACUUUUAUCAGAAAAAAAAUCAACUUUUUUGUAAUAAAACACUUUCAGUCAUGUAACAUUUUGCCUUUAUUGUGAAAUUUAAAAAAUGUCAAAAUUUUGACUUUGUUGCUUUUCAAAAGUACUUUUAAAAACUUUUCUUUUGACAUUAAAACUUUUUUUUAAUCAGAAAAAAAAUCUACUUUUUGUUUGUAAUGAAGCACUUAAAGUCAUCUAACAUUUUGGCUUUAUUCAUGUCAAAUAAAACAAAAACAUCUGCAUACUUUUUGCUCUAAUUUUCAAGUCCGUGCUCACGUUUGACCUCAAAAUUAUGGUUUUAUUCUCGUAAAAUUCUGACUUUUUGUUACUUAUUAAAAUGACUUUUCAAAACUUUUCUUGUGAAAUUAAACUUUUUUUUUAACAGGAAAAAAAAGGCAACUUUUUUUUGUGAAAUAGCAUUUUUAGUCGUGUAACGUUUUUGCCUUUAGUCUUGUAAAAUUAAAAAAAUCAAAUAAAAAUCAAUAAAAAUCAAAUGUUUGCGUGCUUUUUCUGUCAUUUUAACACUAGUCCGUGUCUGUAUUGACCUUAAAAUUAUGAAUUUAUUCUUAUGUACAGUUAUGCCUUUAUUUUUACUUUUUUAAAUGACUUUAAAAAACUUUU